AUGCCUUCCCAAGUUAUAGCCAUCGACGAAGGGGACCAGGGGUUCCCUGCCAAGCUCACAACACAGGUCGUCGUUUGCUCCAUCAUAGCAGCCUUCGGUGGUCUCAUGUUUGGCUACGACAUUGGUAUUUCCGGAGGAGUGACAUCAAUGGAUGAUUUCUUGAGAAAGUUCUUCCCAGACGUUUACGUGAAGAAGCACCACGCAAAAGAGAACAACUACUGCAAAUAUGACAACCAAUAUCUUCAGCUAUUCACAUCGUCACUCUACCUGGCUGCCAUAGUUUGCAGCUACUUUGCUUCAAUAACUUGCAAAAAGAUUGGACGAAAACCUACCAUGCAACUCGCCUCUUUCUUCUUUUUUGUGGGUGUCCUUCUCAACGCUGCCGCUGUAAACCUGCCUAUGCUUAUCGUUGGCAGGCUUUGUCUUGGUGCCGGAGUUGGAUUUGGUAACCAGGCAGUGCCACUAUUCAUAUCAGAGAUUGCUCCAGCAAAGUACAGAGGAGGCCUCAACAUCUGCUUUCAAAUGCUGAUCACAGUAGGCAUUUUGUGUGCAAACAUAGUCAACUAUGCAACUUCCCGAAUCCACCCAUAUGGCUGGAGAAUCUCCCUUGGCGGGGCUGCAAUUCCAGCCAUUUGUCUUGGCCUCGGCUCCCUAAUCAUCGACGAGACGCCCACGAGUCUAAUCGAGCGUGGGAAGAAAGAGAAAGGUUUACAGGUUCUUAAACGGAUACGGGGUGUAACUGAUGUUCAAAAAGAGUACGAAGAAAUCCUACGCGCUACCGAAGUGGCCAACCGAAUCCAGCACCCUUACAGAAACCUCAUCAAACGGUCCAGUAGGCCUCAGCUUAUCUGUACCACUCUUCUUCAAAUCUUCCAGCAGUUCACUGGCAUCAAUGUGAUCAUGUUUUAUGCUCCGGUGCUGUUUCAGACGAUGGGGCUUGGCAGCGACGCCUCUCUGUUGUCGGCUGUGGUCACUGGUUCGGUCAACACAGCAGCCACUUUGAUUGCAAUAUUUUGUGCUGAUAGAUUUGGAAGGAAGAUUUUGCUUGUGGAAGCUGCCGUUCAGAUGUUUAUUGCCCAGUGUAUUACAGGUGGAAUUCUUCAUGUGUAUUUGCACUCUACAAAUGCUAUACCACAAGUCUAUGCAAAGAUAGUACUGGCUAUGAUCUGUGUUUUUGUGGCUGGCUUUGCCUGGUCAUGGGGUCCCUUGGGUUGGCUGAUUCCGAGUGAAAUCUUCCCACUGGAAACCAGAACUGCUGGUUUCUUCGUCGCAGUUAGCAUGAACAUGUUAUGCACCUUCAUCAUCGCUCAAGCUUUCCUCUCCAUGUUGUGCAGCAUGCAAUCGAUGAUCUUCUUCUUCUUUGCAGUCAUCAUUGUUAUAAUGGGCAUUUUUGCCCAAUCCUUCCUGCCGGAAACAAAGGGAAUCCCGGUAGACGAGAUGAACGAGAGAGUAUGGAAAACACAUUGGUGUUGGAAGAGGUACUUUGAUGCCGGUUCUGGAGAUCAGGAAGGAGAAGUACAAGAAGUUCAAGUAAAGGACUAA